UCUAGGUUCUCCCAUUCACCCAUUCUAUUCGCUUUUCCUUAGCCAUAUAUUCGAUCUGGGUAUCUUAAUUUGCAUAUCUAUGAUUAACGUGGGGCACAGAAUUGCUAACAACAUACGCCACCUCUCUGACAGUUUCAUAUAUUUUCUAUCCUUCGUUUCGUGUUGAAUCUAAUAUACACGCUGCUUCGGCUUCCCCGCUGAUUUACCCAUUAACGCGGUCCCAAAACCGCCAAUGUUUCACAGUGGACAAGGAAGAAAAGGAUAAACUUUCCACAGGGUUUUUCACUUAUGAAUUUGCGCCAAGAUAACCCCACAAAGGAGUGGGUGGCCCAUGGGGAGCUCAAUGCUCAAAUCUUUGACGGACUAGUGUUCUCCAGGCUAUCACUGGAGUGGCCGAGCAAGGCAUUAUUGCAAUCCGUCAUCUACUCCUCAAAGCGGUAGUUGUGUUAGGAGGCGAGCUUGUCAGGGUGGAUUGUGUUAGACUAAAAACAUGCUAAGCACGUACUCCUCUGCUGCGUGGGAUAACGAUGAGAAAGUGAGAAUUUCUUUUUAGUCAUAGGUUAGUAUAAUUCCGCCAGCUACGCGGAGUAGCGUGGAAUGUAUCGAAGUCCGAUGUGGCAUGGAAGACCUCAAAUCUCAAAAGCUCCCUGGAGAGCUUCUGCGGGGAUGCCGUUGACGCUAUCGUUAAAAUGGAAUGGCUCUUCAUGCUAUGAGAAAUUCUCAUUGCCAUGCAUACAUAUAAAACUCAAUCUGCAUUCUCUGCUCCUCCCUUACUACCUUUAACUUGCUUCCUAACCCCAUGCCCGAUUUCCUACAUAGUGCGAACAGUUCUCCUCUUGAUUGAUUAAUAGUCUAAUCAGGGAUAUCCGCCCAAAUCACCCUAAUCAGCCUCUCGUCUAAGAUUACUCCGUACUAGAGAAACAAUUACGAUUUCCAAAUCCAGUUCUUGAAGAAAGAUGGCUGUCCCGAAUAUAAAACUGAACAGCGGGUUUGACAUGCCCAUUGUUAGCUUUGGUCUCUAGAAGCUCAAAAAAAGACACCUGCGCCGACCAGGUCUACAACGCCAUAAAGACCGGUUACCGCCUGUUCGAUGGUGCUUGUGACUACGGGAACGAAGCUGAAGUGGGGCAAGGAGCUGCCUGGGCCAUCUAGGAGGCAUCUAGGAGGGUAUUGUCAAGCGGGAGGAGCUACUUUUCACGAUCCUGAGCAGGUUGGGCCCGUUGUGAGGAAACAACUGGCCGACUGGCGCGUUGACUACUUUGACCUCUAUAUUGUACACUUCCCGGUUGCGCUGAAAUAUGUGGACCCCGAUGUCCGCUAUCCCCCAGGCUGGUUUAACGAUGGUAAGAGUUCGAUCGCUACCAGUAAUGCAACCAUCCAGCAAACAUGCGGCGCCAUGGAGGAGCUUGUCGACAAGAAGCUAUCCCGUAGCAUCGGCAUCAGCAACUUCAAUAUCCAGCUCAUCAUGGACUUACUACGCUAUGCACGAAUCAGGCCAGCUACUCUCCAGAUCGAGCACCACCCAUACCUUACUCAAUCCCUCUUGGUCAAGUUCGCUCAGGACGAUGGAAUUACUGUUACCGCCUACUCUUCGCUUGCCAACUCGAGCUUCUUUGAGCUGGGUAUGCAGAUCGCGAUGGAAGCCCCGCGACUACUUUCUCAGUCCGCUAUUACAUCCAUUGCUCAGAAGCAUGACAGAACAGCUGCCCAGGUCGUCCUCCGUUGGGCCACGCAACGAGGUAUUGCUGUCAUCCCUAAGAGUAACUCUGGGACACGUCUCCUUGAGAACCUGCGUGUCAAUGAUUUCAACCUCGAUCAGAGUGAGAUUGACGCCAUUAGCGCUUUUAAUAGAGGUCUUAGGUUCAACGAUCCCCUGAACGUAAGUAGAAAAUAUCCUGGCGAAAUGAGAUUGAUGGGCAUGGAGUGAUCGUGGCUUGUCUCACCCCCUAGCUCUUAUUAUAGUACGGAAUCCCAUGCCCAAUCUUC